GCUUGCUGCUUCAGACCAAGCCCUCAUCCUCCCACGCACAGAACACUGCCCAGAACGGUGCCCAGAACGCUGCAGAGUGCGCUGCUGGGAGUGCUGCUGAGAGCGCUGCAGAGGACUCGUUCGCCAUCAGGAACGUGAUCGUGUCCAACCCCACUGCCUUCCCCAUCGAUGCUCUCCUGCGCUGCACGUCGCUGGACCGGCCUCAAGCUGUGGGUCUCCAAGCUGCCCUGACGCAGGAGUUCGCCCUGCUGCAGGGACCACCGGGAACGGGCAAGACGUUUGUCGGGAUUAAGCUUGUGGAAAUCCUGCUGAGCAACGCCCUCAAGGGCCCUGGGACGAGUGCUGGAGGGAGCUCUUCUCGAGGCACGGAUGAGGCGAGUCCUCUGGGCCCAUCCUCUGCGUGUGCUUCACCAACCACGCUCUGGACCAGUUCCUGGAGGGGCUCAUUGCCAGUGGCAUCAAGAGGGUGGUUCGAGUGGGGGGCAGGAGCAGGUCCGAGUCCCUGCAGGAGUAUAAUCUUUCAAACAUCAUCCGAGGCGCGAACCCUUACCACAGCCGAACCUACAGGGACUCGAGCUACGAGGUGCGAAGCCGGCUGAGGGAGGUGGAGGCGGUGAUCGCCACGUACAGCGAUGCCCUGCAGCAGCGCACGGACAACGCACUCGCCGUCCCUGGCGCGCCAUCUCUCCCACCUCAUGGCCAACCACCCCACGUUCUUCCAGGCGCUUCGCACUUCCAAGGAGGCAGACGAUGACGGGUUUGAGCAAGUGGGCCUAGAUAACUGGAGCCGGUGGAAGCGAGGCCUCGCGAAGGAAAUUCCUCGCCGCAAGAAAAAGGAAGCAACUUGGGAAGAGAAGGAAGGGAAGCUGCCGCCGGUCUAGGCAUAUUUCCCCAAACGCUGGAACCGGGGACCGGGGAUUGGGGGCGGUGGGUACAGCCGCUCCCAGUGAAGAGGCACCGACGCAGAAUCCCUACGAAGCCCUGAGCAUGCUAGGUGGUGUUGAGGUUGGGGAGGGGUGGCAUCUGAGCAGUGGGAGUGAUAGUGGCGUGGGGGAUGAGCUGAGAGGGCUGGUUGAGCUCAUGUCAUCCAUCUAUGUUGAUGAUGAAGGGGAUGAUGGUGGUGAUGGUGAUGAUGAUGGAGAGGCAGUAGAUCUAGGCAGCAGGGCUGCUGGCGGCCACGGCAGCAGCGGUACGGGACAUGCCACAGGCAGCAGGGCUGCUGGCUUGCUGUCGUGCCUCGGUCUUGGAGCCCUACGGGUAAUGGGAGUUGAGACAGCAGCCAUGGGGGCGAGAAUGCUGGAACAGUCGGGUAAGGGUAGUCAGCGAGGAGGGGUUACAGUGGAGGACCUUUUUCAGGCGUUCGGUGAUUUGGGGAACGAACGCGGCAGGGGCAAUGGGGAGGAGCUGAUAGACAAGCCUCAGAUGGAGCAGCAGCAGGAGACGGAGGAGCAACAGAUCGGGCCUGUGGCGGUGGAUGAGGCGAGUGAUCGGGAGGUGGAUGAGCUGCUGUACGUGGAAGACCCAUGGGCGACGAGCGCGCAGGAGAGAAGGAAGCUGGUGGAAUUCUGGGUGGGGGAGGUGCGGGCCACGGCCAAUGCUGCGAUCGAGGCCGAGGUUGAGAAUUUUGCAAGGAAGGUGCAGGAGCGCAGCGAGCUGCAGCAGGUGGAGGACCUGCAGGUGUUGCAGAGGGCGCAGGUGGUGGGGAUGACGACCUCAGGCGUGGCGAAGAUGCAGCGCCUCAUCACUGCUCUCGGCCCGCGAGUCGUCAUUGUGGAGGAGGCGGCCGAGGUGCUCGAGGCCCACAUCCUCACCUCGCUCACGCCGCAGACCCAGCACGUCAUCCUCAUAGGCGACCACCUGCAGCUGCGCCCAAGGUGGAAUUGUACGAGCUCAGCAAGGACUCCUACAAGGGCUUCGACCUGGACGUCUCCCUCUUCGAGCGCCUCGCGCUCUCCAAGCAGAUCCCGUCUUCACCCUCGCCACCCAGCGCCGCAUGCGCCAGAAAUCGCCGAUCUCAUUCGCAGCACCAUCUACCCGGACCUCAGGGACCAUCCGUUCGUUGAGGGGUACCCCGAUGUGCGUGGCAUGGCGUCGAACUUGCACUUUUGGGACCACGAGAGCCCGGAGAGCGGCGGGGACGACCUGAGCGAGGGCAAGUCCAAGUCGAACGCGGGGGAGGCGGCCAUGGUGGUGGGGCUGGCGACGUACCUGCUGCAGCAGGGGUACGCGGGGGCGAGAUCACCAUCCUCACGCCCUACGUGGGGCAGCUGCUCAAGCUGCGCCAGGCGCUUUCUCAGGUGGUCAACGUGCGCCUGGGGGAGGGCGAUGCUGAGGCAACCACGGCGAUUGCGGGAUGCUGUUCGGCUGGCAACCAUUGACAAUUUCCAGGGCGAGGAGAGCACGGUGGUGAUCGUAUCUCUUGUGCGCAACAACCUGGACGGCAAGAUUGGGUUCCUGAAGAGCCCCAACCGCACCAACGUGCUGCUGUCCCGCGCCAAGCAUGGGAUGUACCUCAUUGGCAACGCCAACACGAUGCGGGCUUGCUCAACGCGAGCGGGCUCCAAGUCUGUCCUCUGGCCGAGAAUCCUGGACAUCCUGCAGGGCAGGGCGGCAUCCAGAGGUUCAUCCCGCUGCGGUGUGUGAACCACCCCGCCACGGUGACGCGCAUCCAUGGCGCGAGGGAGUUCAGGGAGAAGGCCAGCGAGGGCGGCUGCUCCGAGAUGUGCGGCUUCCGACUCACUCCGUGCGGCCACACCUGCCCCCGCAGGUGCCAUGGGGACGACAGGGCGCAUGCCAAUGCGUUCUGCCCAAAGGAGUGCAGCCGAAUCCGUCCGCUGGAGGAGUGUCCGUACCAGCACACUUGUGCUAAGCAGUGUGGGGAAGUCUGCGGCCCCUGCUCUGUCAAGAUUAGUAGCCUCACGCUCCCCUGUGGCCAUCAGGCGUUUAACAUUCCGUGCUUCAAGCGCAUUAAGCCGACUUCCAUUUUCUGCUCGGAAAUUGUGGAAGUCACCAUGCCAUUGUGCGGCCAUAAGCAGACAGUCCAGUGCAGUGAGGCUGCUAACAGGCUGAGCAACCCUAAGCUGUGCACCGCUCGCUGCGGUGUUGUCCUCUCGGAUUCCUGCGGGCACACGUGCAUUUCUCCCUGUGGCCAGUGCAUUGCUGCUCCAGCUGCCAACUCAGAGGAGCAGAAUGCUGAGGAAGAGGAGCAGGAGCAGGCACGGCAGCAGCAGCAGCCUGCAAAGAAGCAUAAGAAGUGCACCCAGCCAUGCAGCGACCCCUUCCCUGUGGCCACUUAUGCCCCGACACCUGCCACGAUGGGAGACCCUGCAACCUGUGCUUUAAGAAGUGCCUGGUCGCUUGCCAGCACAGCUCCUGCCCCCAGCCCUGCCACCGAACCUGCGCUCCGUGCGCCGAGCCUUGCGGCUGGAACUGCAAGCACCAGGGGGCCUGCUCCCUGCCCUGCGGGGCGCCGUGCGACCGCCUCCCGUGCGAGCGGCGGUGUGAGAAGGCGCUCCAGUGCGGGCACCAGUGCCCGUCGCUGUGCGGGGAGAAGUGCCCCCCGAAGGCGUUCUGCACGGCGGCUGGGUGUGGCGCGCAGGAGAAGCGGGAGAUGACGGUGGAUCUGGUGACUCUGGAGACUCUAGGGGAGAUCGAUCCCGAUGAGAGCCCCGUUCUUGUGCUGCCGUGCGGACAUGCUUAUACGAUGGACACCCUGGAUGGCCACCUGGGGCUCAACCAGGUGUAUCUGGAGUCCGAGGCAUCAUAUGGCAGCAGCAGUGGGGUAGGAGCUGAUGGCCCAGGUGCGGGUUCUGGUCUUCCUGCAGGUGAUCUUGGUGGUGGGAGCAGUUGCGCUGGAGGUGGGCCGGGGCCAAGUGGGUGGGCAGUGCUGCCGUUUGAAGAUGGCAAUCUGUCUGCUCUCAAGGGCUGCCCGGAGUGCCGCCAGCCAAUCACCGGUUCCCGGCGCUAUGGCCGAAUGGUCAACAAGGCUCUUCUGGACCAAUCCGAGCGCAAGUUUGCCCUCAGCUGCUCCGCUGACCAGGAAGGUGUGCAGAGGAAGUUGUCACGGUUGAGCCAGGUGAUCUCCUCGCUCCCUGAGACUGCUCAGCCCAGGCAGUUGCAGGAGCUGGCUCAGGCGGCAACACGUCUGAUCCAUGAGACGGGCCGGCUUCGCACUACCGCUGUGAACCCGCCCACGCAGCAGACCUACCAGGCUUCUGUGGCGGCACUGCAGAGGAGGCAUUACCUGCUGGGGGACCAGUCCCGGGUUCGAGACAGCACUGCUAGCUCUGGAAGUGGCAGCAGGAAGGGUAAGCAGGUGCUAUCUGGAACCAGUGCAGGCCCACUGCAUCCACUUGGGAGGAGGAAUGCCAGCUCCUGUAUGUCCCCCAGCCGGAUCCCCGGCCCUCUGUGAGGCGCUCAUGAUGCUGGGGAAAGCCUUCCAGCUGCUCAUGGCGGCAAACUUCCUCCAGCUGCGCUGCCUUCUCAAGAAUGUGUGGAGAGCUUCUGGUCCAUCUCGCCUGAGCAGUGGUGGGUCCAGCUCGAGGAAAGCGGCCUACUUGAGUCGCCGUGUGGAGGAUUGCAGGGCGGUUGUGCGAGUGAGUCUGAGGAUUGCGGAGAAGUAUGUUGGUCAGGCAAUUAAGUGGGCUGUGAAGCGUAAGGCGCAUCGACUGGAGGCAAGGGCGCGGCUGGAGCUGGUUGACGUGUACCGUGCGUUCGUGGAAGGCAUGAUGGCGGAACGCCUGCUCUCAAACUCCCCUGCUGGCCUUGGUGGACCAAAGAAGCAGCAGCUGGAGUACCUUGAGAAGGCCAAGAUUCAGUGCCGGAUGGUGGCUUACCACCAUCUGGCAUCUGUGAGAGAAAACGACACCCUUGGGGAGAGCGCUCGGAGAUUGCUCGAUGAAGACCUGCCUACCUUGGAAGCAUCUGUUCGAGACGAGCCUCGUUACUUCGCCCUGUCAGAGCACGAAAAGGGCGACGUGUACAGAGCAAUAGGAUUGGGAGGAGGCCAUUGGUACCGGUGCCCGAACGGGCAUUUGUAUGUCAUAGGGGAGUGUGGCAGGGCGUGGGUGGAGUCGCGUUGUCCUGAGUGUAACGAGGUUGUGGGUGGGAGUGGACAUGUGCUUCGUGAAGGGAAUGUUAGCGCAUCUGACUUCUUCAGAGGGGCUUGACUUUUGAGGUACUGCAGGAGUAGGGGCUUGGCUUUGCGGGGGGCAAGAUGGUGAUGAUUGCACUUGUAAAUAAUGUAAAUAUGUUCAGAGGACAUGUUAUAAAUCAAGUGAAAUUCU